GAAUUAUUACAUGGCACGCCCACCACAAGGGACGGUACUCUAUCGUAAAACAAACGUCCGGAUAGAUAACUGUACCUUAUGUUUACAAUGACGUGUUGAUUGUAUUUAAUGAAAAUAUUGUUGUUUAUUUCAAUUUACAUGUAAUUAACAGUUAAGAGAAUUUUGUGGACAUUCAUAAAAAUGGUGAGAAUAUCUAGUACUGGAGAAAUACUUCCGGAUGAUCCACAGCCACGUAAUAGAGGAAGUGGAGAUGCUCCUCAACAGAGACAGGGCUCUGUUCGACAUGAGAAUUAUAACGAACAGGAACAACAAGAAAUGCAGGGUGAAGGAGGACAAGUUUCUAUAUUUGAUAGUUUAAAUCAACGGCUGCUUGCAUUAGGCUUACCAAGAUGGAAUGCUGGACCUUACGUAAUUGAACCAAUAGUAUCUGUGGCUUUCUUAUUAGCAGGAUUAUUUUUAGGUAUACCUGGACUACUAAUGGGACUUGUUCUAUUUGGCGUUGUAAAACUUAGCCAGAGUGGAGGUAUUCCAGGUCAAGAUUUAAUAUUUGGACUGGGUCGUAAUCAAAAUCAGAACACAAAUCAUCGAAAUCCUGGAAAUAAUAGAAAACCAAGAGGUGGGGGAGGUGGUCAUAGAUUAGGAAGAACGUAAUUCAGCUUUCAAUUAUGGUGUAAAUAGAAUCUAUAAAAUCAGAUUAUUUAGGCCACAUUAAAAAAAUAUUUUGGUUCUCAGAUAAUCCUGUGUCACUUAAAUAUAAAAACAGUCUCAUUAAUUAACACACGUAAAUAUUUCAGCCCAGUUAUUGGAAAUAAUUCAAUAAAAAAGUCUACAACCUUGUUAAAUGUUAGUGAUAAUCAUAAAUGAUACUGGAUAAUCAUACAUUCUUAUAAACAACAUGAAGAAAUGUGAUGUUUAUGAGAAUCCAUUUAGCCCAGUAGUGAUCUUUUGACAAAAUAAAAACACAAAAUAGGAUUUUUAAGUAAGGAUACUCUGAGAACAAGUUAUUUUUUUGUAUGGCCUUGUGCUCAAAUAUACAAAGCAUCUCCAUCAUUGUUGAAAAAAAGAGACCAGUCAAUUGUUUAUAGACCGUUUAUUAACAUUUUUUCACAGGCACUUGAAGGGAUUAAAAUAAAACUUCUUACUACUGCUUGACUAUAUAUAUAAGAAGGUAUUUCAGCCGCCAUCUUUGUUUUCACGUCUUCAAGGCAUUACGUCUGCUAACAUCUCACAAUACUCACUAGUUCUAACACUACCCGUCGUUUUUAUUGCCAACGAGACCUUAUUUUAUCAUUAUUCAGCUUCCGAUGUAAUUAAAUUGGCCAUUUAACAGCGUUAUUAAUUACAAAUCAAACGUGAAGCGCUGUCACUUGCCGAAAUUUGUCUUCAUCAGCCCGGAAAUAAGUUUAGUUUGUAGCAGUCUGUAUCACCCAGUCCCUCAUAAACCUAUCCGUUACUCGAAAUUUUCCUAGGAACUGGGUGAUCCAGUCUGCACCUGCGGUGCGGCCUCGCUUCGUAGGCUCGAUCAUUUACCGACCAAAUUUCGAGUAACGGAUACGUUUAUAAGGGACUGGGUGAUACAGACUGCUACAAACUAAACUUAGGCCUCGUUGGCAAUAAUAACGACGGGUAGUGUUAGAACUAGUGAGUAUUGUGAGAUGUUAGCAGACGAAAUGCCUUGAAGACGUGAAAACAAAGAUGGCGGCUGAAAUACCUUCUUAUAUACUAUAAUAUAUAGCCAAGCAGUAGUAAGAAGUUUUAUUUUAAUCCCUUCAAGUGCCUGUGCAUUUUUAAUAUAAAUAUAUAUAAAUAACAAUUUCCAUUGUAAAUAUUUGUAUAAAUGUUUAAACCAUCUGAAUCAAUUUCAUGCUUUGGCUUAUGUUAGAUCUAGUCCAACUUAUACAUGUAGUUAUCAACUGAACUCCCUUGUGAGUUAUUUCAUGUUUAUCAUUUUAAUGUAUCCUUAUAACAAAAAGUUGUAAAUAUAUAUUUCUUACACAUCA